AUGCGCGUUACUGUAAUCUUCGAUCUGAUGCUACUCGUGCUCUGCGUCCUGCUCGCAGGAGUGCAAGAAACCUCGGCUGGAUCACGUGUGGCGCGACAAGCAGAAGAUGAAUCCGGCGGUGAAGGUGGUGGUGGACCAUCAGAUGCUGGUGGUGAACCGUCAGGCGGUGAUGAACCAUCAGGUGGUGGUGGACCACCAGGUGGUGGUGGUGGACCGCCAGGUGGUGGUGGGCCACCAGGUGGUGGACCACCGGGUGGUGGUAGACGACCAGGAGGACGUGGCGGCGGUCCAGGUAAUUUAUGA